AUGGCUUCAUCAAAAAAUGAUGUUGCCAAGGUUUCUAUCCUUGGAUCAGAAUCGAUCCAUGUCGGUUUUCAUUUAACUGAAUACCUUGCUCGCGACGUCUUGACUAAUAUUCCCGCUUCUAACUAUGUUCUUAUAACCGAUACUAACUUGGCUCCCAUUUAUCUGGACAAGUAUAUGAAUGCACUCAAGUCAGUCAGUCAAGAAAUUUAUACUGCUAAAGGAGAAAAAGAACCUCGCUUCUUCUCUCGCGUUCUCCCUCCAGGAGAAAUGAGCAAGUCACGUAAAGUAAAGGCUGAUAUUGAAGAUUGGCUUCUCUCCAAUGCCGUCACUAGAGAUACUUGCUUUUUGGCUAUGGGUGGUGGUGUUAUUGGCGAUCUUAUUGGUUUUGUUGCUGCCACUUUUAUGCGCGGUGCGCCUUUUAUUCAGAUCCCUACUACUUUGUUAGCUAUGGUUGAUUCAUCUAUUGGUGGUAAAACAGCUAUUGAUGUACCUGCCGGUAAAAAUUUGAUCGGUGCUUUCUGGCAACCUAAGCGUAUUUUCAUCGAUAUCAACUUUUUGCGUACUUUGCCUGAACGUGAAUUUUCGAAUGGUAUGGCAGAACUUAUUAAGACUGCCGCCAUCUCAGAUGAAAACGAUUUCAAUAAGCUCGAGAAUGGCGUUGAAGCCAUUCGUGAUGCUGUCUUGGGUAAAGCCUCAAAUGUCCUUAACCAAGGUGCUACUUUGGAGACCCGUACUGAAUCUCAGUCUAUGCUUAUGGAUGUUGUUUUGGCUUCUGUUCGAUUCAAGGCUUACGUUGUCACAAGCGAUGAGAGAGAAGGCGGUCUUCGUGGCCUUUUGAACUUUGGUCAUUCUAUCGGUCACGGUAUUGAAGCCAUUGUGUCUCCCUUGAUGCUUCACGGUGAAUGUGUUUCUAUUGGUUGUAUCAAAGAAGCUGAAUUAGCUCGUAACUUGGGUCACCUCAAUCAAGUUGCAGUUGGCCGUUUGGCUCGCUGCUUUGCAUCUUAUGGAUUACCCAUCAGUUUAGACGAAAAGAAGGUCAAGGACAGAAUUGGUAACCUUCAUUGCCAUGUUGAUGAUAUUAUGGAAAUCAUGAAGGUAGACAAAAAGAACCAAGGUGACAAGAAGCGUAUUGUUAUGCUUUCAGCCAUCGGCAAAACCUUAGAGCCUCGCGCUUCUGUUAUUGCCGAUGCCGAUAUUCACAAAGUGUUGUCUCCUGAACAACUUGUACUUCCAGUCACUGAAUCACCUACAGGCCCCAAGAAGGAAGUGUCUUUGACCACACCUGGUUCCAAAUCUAUUUCUAACCGUGCUUUACUUAUCGCUGCACUGGGUAAAGGUACUGUUCGUGUUAAGAACUUGCUUCACUCAGAUGACACCCAGUUCAUGUUGGCUGCUUUAAAGAGCCUUAAUGCUGCUGAUUUUGAAUGGGAAGAUAAUGGCGAAACUCUUGUUGUUCACGGUGGUGGCGGUAGACUUUCUGUUCCUGACAAAGAACUCUAUGUCGGCAAUGCUGGUACAGCUUCUCGUUUCUUAACAACUGUCUUGACCAUGAUUCCUACUGCUGAAGGUGCCAAGGCUCCUGCUGCUAUCUUGACUGGUAAUGCUCGUAUGAAACAGAGACCUAUUGCCCCUCUCUUGACCGCUUUGAUGGCCAAUGGCGCCAGCAUCAAAUCUACGGAAAAGGAAGGCUUUUUACCUAUCGCUGUUACACCCAACGGUGGCCUUAAGGGCGGUCGCAUUGAAUUAGCUGCUUCUAUUUCUUCACAAUAUGUCUCUUCCAUUCUGCUCUGUGCUCCUUACGCUAUUGAGCCUGUCGAACUUGCAUUGACUGGUGGUCAAGUCAUUUCUCAACCUUACAUUGACAUGACCAUUGCCAUGAUGGAAUCCUUUGGUGCUGUGGUUGAACGUCUUCCCGAAAAUACCUACAGAAUCAAGCAAUCCACUUACCAAAACCCUGAACAUUACCUUGUUGAAUCUGAUGCUAGUUCUGCUACUUAUCCUCUAGCUAUUGCUGCUAUCACUGGUACUACUUGCACUGUCACCAGUAUUGGUUCUAGCUCUCUUCAAGGUGAUGCUACCUUUGCCAUCAAUGUCCUUCGUCCUAUGGGCUGCACUGUUGUUCAGACCGAAACCUCAACUACUGUUACUGGUCCUCCUAUUGGCCAACUUCGCCCUCUUCCUGAAAUUGAUAUGGAAACCAUGACAGACGCCUUUUUAACUGCCACCGUCUUGGCUGCCGUCACUUCAUCUGCUGACCCCAAGGGCGAAAACAUCACUCGCAUUCAUGGUAUUGCCAAUCAACGUGUCAAAGAAUGCAACCGUAUUGCUGCUAUGGUGCACGAACUUACUAAGUUUGGCGUUCAAGCAUCUGAGUUACCUGACGGUAUUCAAAUACAUGGUAAACCCAUCAAGGACUUGAAGGCUCCUAAAGAAGGUGUUCAUACUUAUGACGAUCACCGUAUCGCCAUGAGUUUCUCUGUCUUUUCUACCAUUGUUCCUCAUGGCACCAUCAUCACUGACAAGAAGUGUGUUGAAAAGACCUGGCCUACUUGGUGGGAUGACCUUGAAAACAAACUCGGUGUUCGUUUGAACGGUGUUGAUCAAGGCAAGCGAUUGGCUCAAGCAGGCAAGGGUUUGGGUCAUACCAACAUCAAGGUCUCCAAGAAGAAGAACGAUGAUACUUCUAUGGUCAUUGUCGGUAUGCGUGGCGCAGGUAAAACUACACUUGGACAAUACGCUGCUGAAGUCUUGGGCUUCAAGUUCAUCGAUGUGGAUCAGUAUUUUGAAGAGACCUUGAAGAGCACUAUUUUUGAUUUCAUCAAUACAUGGGGCUGGGAGCAAUUCCGUAUCAAGGAAACUGAGGCCUUGAAGCAACUGUUAGCCAAUGACUCCAAGUACGGUCAAGGUUAUGUGAUUUCUUGUGGUGGUGGUAUCGUUGAGACUGCUGAAUCUCGAUCUGUCUUGAAAGAGCAUGUCAAGAAGGGUGGUAAGGUUUUGCAUUUAGUGCGCGAUUUGGAUCAAAUUGUGCGCUACUUGAACCGUGACAAGACUCGUCCUAUGUAUGGUGAAGACAUGAUGAAUGUAUGGCGUCGUCGUCGUUCUUGGUACAAGGAAGUGUGUAAUUAUGAAUUUGUUGCCUAUGCUCGUAGCUUGGUAGAUGAUGGUUAUGUUGCUCCUACUGAAUGGUUGGCCAUCCAAAAGGAUCUCAAGCGUUUCCUUAACUUUAUCACGGGUCGUGCCACUAACCAAGUAGAUACCACUCCUGGUCGUGUUGGUGUACCCACUACUUUUGUCUCAUUGACUGCCAAGGACCUUAGUUCCACACUUGACAGCUUGAAAGAAGUUUGCGAAGGUGCUGAUGCAGUUGAAUUGCGUGUCGAUUUGUUGCAGAAGCCUGAAUCCAAGGAAGAAAUGACUUGGGUUGAAUAUGUAGGAGAACAACUUGCUCUUUUACGUCGUACUGUCUCUAUUCCUGUUAUCUUUACUGUUAGAUCAAAGGGUCAAGCAGGUGCUUUCCCUGAUGACGAUGAAGCUGGCAUGUUUGAUUUGCUUAGCUGGGGCCAACGCUGGGGUUGUGAGUAUGUCGAUGUUGAAAUGUGCUGGUCUCCUGCUACGAUUGAAAAGUUUGUUGCCAACAAGGGUGAAAGUCUUAUUAUUUCCUCCUGGCACGAUGUUCAAAACAUCACCCCUUGGGACGGUAAAGAAAUUCAAGUCAAGUACGAAUUGGGUGAUAAGUACGGUGAUAUCAUCAAGUUAGUGGGUAAUGCUCAAAGCUUCCAAGACAACAUGAUAUUAGAGACGUUCCGUGACACCAAGAAGGGUGGCAAGGAUUUGAUUGCCAUCAAUAUGGGUGCUGCUGGGCAACUGUCCCGUGUUAUGAAUGAAUGCUUGACGCCCAUCACUCAUCCUGCUCUUCCUCAAAAGGCUGCUCCUGGUCAACUUUCUUUGGCUGAAAUCAACAAGGCUCGCCACCUUGUUGGUCUUUUGCCUGCUCAAUCUUUCUGGUUGAUUGGUACACCCAUUCAACACUCCAUGUCGCCUACUCUUCAUAACACUGGAUUCAAUAUCCUGGGUCUUCCUCACAACUAUGGUCUUUUAGAAUGCCAUAUGGUGGAGUAUGCUGAAGAUGCUAUUUUGAAGGAUCCUAGCUUUGGCGGUGCUUCUGUCACGAUUCCUCACAAGGUGGCUAUUAUGAAGUAUCUUGACGAAAUGACCGAGAACGCAAAGACCAUUGGUGCUGUCAACACUAUUUUUGUUCGUGAAACCAUGAUCAAUGGUGAGAAGAAGCGCCAAUUGAUUGGUGAGAACACAGAUUACUUGGGUAUGAAACAUCGUAUUCAGUCUUUGAUGUUGGAUCCCAGCAACCCACCCGAGCAAGGCCUCGUUAUUGGUGCUGGUGGUACUGCCCGUGCAGCUUUGUACACGCUCUACAAGAUUGGCAUCAAGAAAAUCUAUUUAUGGAACAGAACCAUUGGUAAAGCUCACGACCUUCAAAAGGCCUUUGAAAAUGUGAUUGAUAUUGAAGUGGUUGAUUCGUUGGAAUCCAAGAUUGAGCCCAGUGUGAUUAUUUCCACUGUUCCUGCUGAUUCUGGUGUUGAAUUGCCUGAGCAUAUCUAUGGUGGUAUCAAGGGCAUUAUUUGUGAUAUGGCCUAUAAGCCUCGUCGCACCAAGUUGCUUUUACAAGCUGAACGUAAGGGAUGGUCUUGCGUAGAAGGUAUUGAAGUUUUGAUCUCUCAGGGCAUUGCUCAAUUCGAGAUUUGGACAGGCAAGCGUGCUCCUGUGGAUAAGAUUGAAGAACAAGUACUUAUCAAAUACGAGUUAUAA